GACAGGAUCACCAUCUAAGCCAAUGAGCACGCCCAUCUUCGUGGCCGAGGAAGUGCUGUGCACCUAUCCCAUAAGCACUCUCUAUGACUCGUGCCCGCGAUACCUCUUCUAUGCGCUCCUGCUGGCCACCUGCGUGACACGGUGGACGGGGUGGCUGUCCGACGUCUUCCUCGGGGCUGCUGCAACCUACGCCGGCACUGCCGCUCUUGAAGCGUUCAUUCUGGUGGGCAGCCCGGCGCAAAAAGCCCCUUCAUCCCCAGUCACCCUCCCCGAGAUCUCCCCCAACAACAGCACCACCCUCAGCGCUCUCCGCAGCUCCUUCCCAGCCCUCAUCACCAACACCAGCGAGCUCUACGUGACCCCCGCGACCAUCGACCUCGACGCCGACGCCGUGCUGGCCAUCGUUGUAACCGCCUACCUGAUCUUCUUGCCCCUGCAAACCUGGUCGCGCGCCUUCACGCACUCGCGCGCCCGCUACAUCCUCUUCUCGCUGUGGCACAUCCUCAUGCUCGCCGGCACCAUCAGCGCGCUCAUCUACUGGCCGCGCGUGCGCAACACCCCGACGCAGUACGCCUUCUGCGCCCCGGACUUUUUCCCACCCGAGGACACCGUCUCCAGCGACGGGUGGCCGAGCUGGCAGCGCACCACCCCGUCGUGGAACGCCAGCGUGUGGACCCUGUUCACGAAUGCCACGCUCUUCAACUCCCUGCCCACCGUCUGCUACUACCCCUGCUUCAACACCACGCAGCCCCUGCGCCAGCAGACCGACCUCGAGGCCACCGUGGCCGACAACGCCGCAUACCACCGCGCCCGCCACGCCUUCUGGUCGCGUGUGCUGUACUCGACACGCUACAUCUACAGCCUCAUCGCGCUGACCCUGGUUGUGAACGUGAUUCUGUUGUUGUUCAAACUCCUACCUUACCGCUCGCGUAUCCCCUCCUCCCGUCUGUGGAUUAUCUGGCGUGAGCGCCGCGAGAUUCUGAGGGGGUUUCGAGUGGAUUGGUACGCGGCGGUGUACGCUGCUGCGCCGCAUCGCAGUAGUAAUCGCAGCAGCAGCAGCAGCAGCAGCAGCAACACAUCUCCCCACCGAGCCACCACCACCACUACCAUCACAGACAAUCCCACGGAUAGAAACACAAGCAUCGUCGAAAAAACCCGCACCACGCUCUCCACCGCAGGCGAGAACCCCCGCUCGAUCACCUGGCUCAUCCACCUGCACUCCCUCGGCUCCCUGAUGCGGCUGCUGCUGGACGUGUGCAUCCUCUUCGCCGUCGUGUUCAGUAUCAUCAUCAGUCCGCUGACGGUGCUGGCCUUCGUCGCGUGGAUCGAGUACUACAUUUACGAGGACGGGCCCGCUCAGGAGACGCCGAAGCAGGUUGGGCAGUGGGCGCCGCUGGCCUCGAUCGGGUUUCUGGUGGUGUCGGCGGCGAUACUGAAGUUGAAGGAGGUGGUGGCGCCGCGGAGGGAGAUUGAGUGGGAGAUUGGGGAGGUGAGGAGGAGGUUGAAGCGGUUGGAGGAGAUGAUUGUAUGAUUGAAUUGUUUCAUGGAGUGGGGUAACUGUACAUAGGGUCGUGUUGAGUAGCGGUAGUGGCUCAUGCGGUGCAAAAUAAAGAGGAAUUAUGGUGGUUGUUGUUGUUGUUGUUGCUGUUGCGGCGAUGAUUGUA